GCCUGGAAUCAGAGUCGGCCAAUAGAACUGGAAUUACUACAACACUAGCUUUUAACGUGAUUUCGUCUCAAAUACACAAGCGGGAGGAGAGAAAGGUACAUCCCAACAGUUUACACUCAAGAGAUCUGCUGGAAUUCACUAAGAUCUGACACGACCAUUCCCAGAAUAUCAAGAUCUGCUGCGGAUCUCUAGUAGCACUGAUGGAUGAGCGUACUGCACACUGGAAAUACAUACAAGAAGCAGUUCUAUAUGACUGACUUAUUUUAACAGGGCUGCUUGUACUAGCGUCUUUACUGUAUAUGUAUUUACGAUUGUGAGAGCCUACAAUACUGAUAUAGCGCUGCCAGAAUAAUUCAGCCUGUAGUCAUCGCGCAUAUCUUCUGGUUUCGCAUACUGCAGCAAGACUACUCUGGCUGGAGCCUCUUUUUUUAGGAGAGUCUGCAGUCUGUCAAAGUUCAACGUUUGAUUUAAUAAACUCUCUGCGAGAUCUGCGACUAAGAAUCAGCGGGAAGCAUAUGUAUGACUGGACUUAAUGGAUUUAUUUUAAAAAGUAACACAAGGAGCAUACUUUAAAUAUGGAAAUACUGUCUUUUGCAAACGGAUUGUAAGCGUACAUCCAGUGGAACUUCAGGUACGAGAUUAGAAAAUCGGAAGUUUAUCAGUGUCAGAAUGGAAUUUGUACAGAUUGCCCUUCUCGUUUUGGAGAUAAUUGCAUUCACAGACUGCGCCAGGGGUCCGCCGAGAAUUGCAGACAAGGUAAUCCAUCGCCAGACGGUAAGAAUUGGCCGAACCGUGAAGUUGUUGUGCCCGGUUGAAGGAGACCCCCCGCCACUCACCAUGUGGACCAAAGACGGGCGCACCAUCCAUAGCGGCUGGACGAGGUUCCGUGUGCUCCGGCAGGGGCUCAAAAUCAAGGAGGUGGAGGCAGAAGAUGCCGGGACCUACAUCUGUAAGGCUACCAACGGCUUCGGCAGCAUCAACAUCAACUAUACGCUCAUUGUGAUUGAUGACUCAAGCUCAGGAAAGGAUGGUCCAGGGAUCCCAGAAGGGAGUGACGCAGAGUAUACAAAUGAGGACAUUUCAGGGAAACAAUGGGUGCGCCCAAGGUUCACUCAGCCUGCAAAGAUGCGGCGGAGGGUAAUUGCGCGGCCUGUGGGGAGCUCGAUCCGACUGAAGUGUGCGGCGAGCGGGAAUCCGCGGCCCGAAAUUGCUUGGCUGAAGGACAGUAAGCCGCUCAUGGCCCAGGUUGGGGAGGGCCGCAAGAAGAAGUGGACACUGAGCCUCAAGAACUUGGAACCCGAGGACAGCGGCAAGUACACCUGCCGAGUCUUCAACCGCGCUGGAGAGAUUAACGCCACCUACAAGGUGGAAGUCAUUCAGCGAACAAGGUCCAAACCCAUCCUGACUGGUACCCACCCUGUGAACACGACUGUGGAUUAUGGCGGGACCACCUCGUUCCAGUGCAAGGUCCGUAGCGACGUCAAGCCUGUCAUCCAGUGGCUCAAGCGCGUGGAGUACGGCAAUGAGAACAAAUACAACUCCACCAUCGACGUUGGCGAAUACAAGUUCGUGGUGCUGCCCACUGGGGAGGUGUGGUCUCGCCCUGACGGCUCUUAUUUGAACAAGUUGAUGAUAACCCGGGCCAAGGAGGAGGACGCUGGGAUGUACAUCUGUCUGGGAGCCAACACUAUGGGCUACAGCUUCCGGAGCGCCUUCCUCACUGUCCUGCCAGACCCAAAGCCGCACAUUCCACCUGUGAUGGUCUCCCCGUCCAGCAGUCUUCCCUGGCCCGUCAUCAUCGGGAUCCCCGCGGGGGCCGUUUUCAUCUUCGGGACAAUCCUGCUGUGGCUGUGCCAGACCAAGAAGCAGCCCUGCUCUUCCCCGUCUUCAGCUGCUGCAGUGGCAGCUCAGUCCAUCCACCGCCAGCCUCUCCCGAGAGAGCGUAUCUGCCUGCCGCAGGUGUCUGACAAAGACUGUGGGAGCUCCAUGCACUACGAGGAGUAUUUAGCCCAGCAGCAGCAUCUGCUAGCUCAAGGGCCUACUCUGGCCCCAGUCAUGGUUCCUAAAAUGUACCCAAAGAUUUAUACGGACAUCCACACUCACACUCAUCAACAUGUGGACGGGAAGAUUCACCAACACCAGCACAUUCACUAUCAGUGUUAGGUGAUGCUUCUUGAAAAAAACAACAAGGCCUUAACUGCAUCCCUCCACCCCCACUCUCUGUCACAUCCCUCCCUGUGUGGCACCAAACAUACUGUUUACACUGCCAGCCACCAGCAGGCCACGAACUGGACAAAUAAAAGACUGUGUGAUUAUUUUUUUAUUGAGGCUUGAGGGGGUGCAGGGGAUUGGAUUAAUGAAGGAAGACAAAUCUGGGGAAGAAAAAAAAAUGCAAUUUGCUGAAAUUACACUUUACAUUUUUAAUUUGUUUGAAUAUUUUGGUAAAUCAAAGGGGAAUUGAAAAAAAAAAAAUGGGACGCUAUGGCUUAUAUUAAUCACACAUAUUUUUGCCUCAAAAUGUUUUUCGUUUUAUUUUGGAGAAAAUAAAAACGCCCUUUUUGAGAAGCCAUUUUUUAAAAAUCUGUAGUAUUUUUUGGAAGUAUAUGCAGAAAUAUUUUCCCUCUCAAUUAAAAAAAAAUAAUAAUAAAAUAAAAUAAAUAAAAAAUAUAUAGAGUAUCCCUGACCACUAUAAUGCCAACAAGUAACUGCAUACAUUAUCUUCCA